CCCGCAUUGACGUGUUUGCACCGGGAAUCGAAUUGGAGAAUCGAUCGUAGAUCCAGGUCAAAGUCUCUCGUCGCUCCUGGCAACCAUCGAUAUAUAGACAGCAACUCCCGACAUAUGAGGCUUUUAUUCAGGUUCAUCUGCUUCUUCUCUGUUCAUCAUGCCGAGACCACGUAGCGUUAACGAGUACAACUUGCUAAGACACCAAGUGGGCCCUCUUACCGAGCCUGAAUCACCACCGCCAGCUCCUACGACGACCUACAUAAGCGGUGCGGAACUGAGUCACAUUACGCAAGAUUGGAAUUGGCCGUCUCCAUUGCAGCGAAUGGUGCGCUCUGUCGGCUGUGACUUACCGCAACAUGUGGCUGAAAAAUUCAGUGACCAACUCUCAGAAGCUAGGGCAAAAGCGGAAAUUACUACCAACGGCCCGUCAAAUCCAUCCCAAGAACGAAAACCGUUUUUCCAGUCGAUUCCAACCAUCUCCAUCGACGACGAAGUCGAGAAAGGAACAGAAAACGAUUCAAUUAUGACAUGGACCCGCCGUCCUACAUUACACUCGAUCGCUUCAUCGUGUAUUAGUGGAAACAGUUCAAUGACGGUUUUUUCAAUCGACAAGAAUCAUUUUGUAACUUCACGGAUACAGCGACUUGUAAGCGCUUUUACCGAUCGCGCCAAAUCUCUCAAGGAACGCAUUGCCCAACCGCCAACACCUUCAACUGAUUCAUCCGAGCGUGGCGAAAGAGGACCAGCACCUCUUCCUCCGCCCUUAAACUUACGCUACGAUCCACCGAAUGAACCCGAUGGAACCAGAGGAGCGAAACCAUUUCGCAUCCCCAGCACGUUCCACCCUCAAAGCUCAGUCUACAUAUCUUGGCUUUUUGUGGUCUCUUCAGCGUUCAUGUACAAUUUGUGGAGCGUUCCGCUUCGAAUUACCUUUCCUUACCAAGAUGACUCGAAUAUCUAUUACUGGCUAGUUGCUGAUUACGUAGCUGACGCGGUCUACCUAAUCGACACUUUCCUCGUCCAUCCGAGGCUCCGUUUUGUUCACGAAGGCAAUUGGGUCGAGGAUGUAACCGAUUGCCGCAGAAACUACAUCGCCAGCUUGGGAUCAAAAAUCGAUAUUUUAUCCCUAUUUCCAUUGGAUUUCCUCUAUUUUUAUUUUGGUCUUCAGAGCUCCCUUCUGCGUUUUCCUCGAAUGAUAAGAAUUUUACCAUUUUGGGAGUUCUUUGAUCGUCUCGACAUGAUGGCACCAUCUCCUUUCGUCAUCCGUGUCAGCCGGACACUCUUCUACAUGCUCUACUUGAUCCAUCUUAAUGCCUGUGCUUAUUUCUUCUAUUCCAAGUGGUCUGGCAUCGGCAAUGAUGCCUUCGUCUUCCAAGGAGAAGGAAAUGCAUAUCUGCGCUGUUUUUACUUUGCCAUGAAAACUGCCACAAAAAUCGGAAAGAAUCCUAAACCAGCCAAUAAUGUCGAUAGGACGUUCAUGAUUUUCAACUGGCUUAUUGGUGUUUUCGCUUGCGCAGCCAUCAUCGGCCAGAUCAGGGAUAUUAUGGCUGCAGCCGAAAGGAGCACAACCGAAUACCGUGAACGUCUCGACCGCACUGUCCAGUUAAUGAACCGUUUAAAUUUGCCACCCAAGAUUCAGGACCGUAUCAGAAUGUGGUUUACUUACAGCUGGUCGAUGCAGAAGACGCUUGAUGAGAUAUCGUCACUUGUAUCGUUGCCUCACAACAUGCAAAUGGAUAUUGCCAUGAACGUCCAUAUCCAAACACUUUCCAAGGUGCAGCUUUUCCAGGAUUGCGAUUCUGCCUUAAUUCGCGAUUUAGUACUAAAACUGAAGCCCGUCCUUUUUCUACCGGGGGAUUUGGUUUGCAAAAAGGGAGAAGUCGGAAAAGAGAUGUACAUUGUAAAAACUGGAACAGUUCAAGUCAUGGGUGGACCGGCUAACGAUAAAAUAUUGGUGGCAUUAAGCGAAGGCAGUGUGUUUGGAGAAAUUAGUUUAUUGGCUGUUGGAGGAGGAAACCGAAGAAUGGCGGAUGUUAGGUCUCAGGGAUUUUCCAAUUUAUUUGUUUUGAGCAAAAGCGAUUUGAACGAGGCCCUCGAAUAUCAUCCUGAGGCGCAGAAGAUCUUACAAAGAAAAGCCAAGAAACUGGUGAAGAAAAGCUCCGAACGGCAGCUGUCUAGCGAGCCAAUACUUACUCCUAAACCCCCCACACCUAAGCUAGUCAAAACUGUUCUUCAGGCUAUCUCAGCCGAUUCGAAGACGAGACAAUUUCUUCUACAAGGGUCAGGAACAACAUGCAGAACAACGUCUUCGAUGCCAAAGUUAGCGCACGCGUCUUUUCCUUCUGAUUUUGGGGUUCCAAGGAGAAAACAUGGAGCUGACGAUGUUUUAAUAGAAAAGGAUGCACGAUCGUACAGUGAAGAAGUUUUGCUGAAACCCAAUUAUCUUGCUGCCAAUAGUCCGGGAGCUCCGACAAUCAGACGCCAUGUCUUUAAGGUUGCGUCCAAUCGAAUCGUUCCAGUCAACUUACGAAAGUCCGAAUAAAAGCUUAAAAAAUUCAAACGGAAAAUGGGAGACCCAUUCAUUGUUCACGCGUCCAACCGUAAUAAGCAGCACUCACCUUGUUACGAAUUGUUUGAUCAUUGUUUAGCGCAUAAAGCGUAAUGGCAUUCCCUUGGUACUAUUAUUAAUGUUUACAGCUGUUUUACUUUUCUACACGCUACUCCGGACGGCCAUUACAAACUUAUAUACAAUUAGAUUUUUAUGAUUUUCUGGUAUUCAAUUUUUUAAAAUUGUUAUUUAGAUAGUUUUAUUUCCCUUAAAAUUUCUUUAUCUAUAAGUCAUACACUUUAGAAUUUGGGCUAGAAUUGUUUUUAUUUCUGGCUCAUCACCCGGCUCAUCAGUUCUUGUCCGAAUCGAUUUUCUGUUUUUGUCCGAGAAUUUAUUUUCUGUUGUGGGCCGUAAAGUGUAUUACAGAUUGAACUGGAACAAAAUGUUUUCGAUGUACUGUACUACACAUAUGUACUUUUCACCAAACAUGGGGCAAUCAAACAUAGGGUAUCGUAAUAAGUUCUCCAAAAUCUACCCGCAAAUUAGUUUCAUUAUUUUUCAUCCUGCGGAAAAGGUCCCGUCGUCGUCUGCUCUAAUGUUUGGAAUUUGAAUUUCGAUACACCUACAAACUUUCCCAAAAAACAGCUCUUAAAAAUGCCGAGUAUAAUUUUUUACAGUUUUUUUGCGUUCUUAGUACCUAGUACGAACACUUUGGAUGCUAAGGCUAAAGAUUUUCUUACCUCCGGCAACCACACCAGCAACUGGGCCGUUCUAGUCGAUACUUCCCGUUUUUGGUUCAAUUACAGACAUGUAGCAAAUGUAUUAUCCAUCUACCGUAGCGUGAAAAGAUUGGGAAUUCCAGAUAGCCAGAUAAUUUUGAUGAUUGCUGAUGAUAUGGCCUGCAACCCACGAAAUCCUCAUCCAGCUGCUGUUUACAACAACGCAAAUCAGCAAAUUGAUGUAUAUGGUGAUGAUGUUGAAGUGGAUUAUAGGGGUUAUGAGGUAACUGUAGAAAACUUUAUUCGGGUCCUCACUGGUCGUCUACCAUCUUCAACUCCAAGAUCUAAAAAAUUGCUGACUGAUACAGGAAGCAAUGUUUUGAUAUACCUAACAGGCCAUGGUGGUGAUGGAUUUUUGAAAUUUCAAGAUUCUGAAGAAAUCACAAAUGUUGAUUUGGCAGAUGCUAUCCAACAGAUGUGGGAAAAACAAAGAUAUCAUGAAAUGCUGUUCAUAGUUGACACUUGCCAAGCAGCUUCACUUUACCAGAAAUUCUAUUCUCCAAAUGUGUUGGCGAUUGGUAGCAGUUUGGUUGGGGAGGAUUCUCUCUCACACCAUGUCGAUCCUGCCAUUGGCGUCUAUAUAAUUGAUCGCUACACGUAUUAUGCCCUAGAAUUUUUGGAACAUGUUACCCCCACAAGUAAUCAUACCCUUGGCCAGUUUCUCAAAGUCUGUCCGAAAUAUCUUUGCCUAUCUACUGUCGGCUUUCGUAGCGACCUUUUCCAGCGGGACCCUAACAGAGUCUUUAUUACAGAUUUUUUUGGCUCUCAAAAACGGAUUGAGAUGGCAGCUGAUCCGAUAGUAUUACCUCCACCAUCAAAUAAAAAAUCAAGUUUACCGCCUCGGGAAGCCGUACCGGGACGUGCAUUACGUUACGCAGACCCUAUUCCUCCAUUAUGCAUUCACAGUUUGACAUUUUAAAAUUUAACUUGUAUCAGAGCAUCUCUAUUAUCCACAACUUUAGCACACUUCAGAGCUUCUCUACAGGAAUUUUCAGCCAUUUUUAACAAUUCUUUGGCAUCCGCCGCAGACUUUUCCACUUGAGUCAGGUACACAUUUGCUAGGUUAAUAAAAUAGUAUGGAAGAUCCUUCAUGCCGUCAUCCAUCUGCACCUCUUGAGCGAGGACUAGAGCUGUAUUUAAACAAUCUACGGCAUCUUCAAGUCGGUUCAUCAACGUGUAGGCAGCAGCCAUAUUAUUAAGCUGAAGCAGGCUGUGUGGAUGGUGUUUGCCAUUAAUUUUAACUGAAAUCUCAUGUGAUUUCUUGAAUAAAGCUAAGGAUUGUGUAAAAUCUCCUCUUCUAUGGACGCAAUCCCCAAACCAAGAGAGGAUUAAUGAAUAAAGGGCAAGGGUGUCAAAAUCA